AACAGUAACCAUCAGGUCUGACAACAACCUGACAAGUACAGCAGCUCUCGGGACCAGUAAAGCAGCUCUCGAGACAAGUACAGCAGCAGCUCUCGGGACAAGUACAGCAGCUUGUGCAGGAAUGGCACUGCCGCUCUAUGUACCACCGGGUACAGCGUGCAGCUCAGGUGCGGUUAUAAAGUUGACGUGUCUUCCCAACAUUUCUGAGGCAUGGUGCCAAAUAAUGAAUAUGUCAAAACCCCAGCCUGCUUUUAUCAACACCACUGAACCUACUAAUGGGACACAUUUAAGUAUUGCCAAAUCUUUUGAAACCAAAUACAAUCUUUACAUAGGAAUGAUCCUGGCUAUAAGUUCCAGUUUAUUCAUUGGUUCAAGUUUCAUAAUGAAGAAAAAAGGGCUUCUACGAUUGGCUGAAAAAGGAGUCACCAGAGCAGGUCAAGGUGGCUUUUCGUACCUCAAAGAAUGGCUGUGGUGGGCUGGGUUACUCUCAAUGGGAGCAGGAGAGGCCGCUAAUUUUGCAGCAUACGCUUUUGCCCCAGCAACCCUGGUGACCCCACUUGGUGCACUGAGUGUCCUGAUAUGCGCGGUGCUGUCCUCUUACUUCCUUGACGAGACGCUGAAUAUCCAUGGGAAGCUGGGCUGCUUGCUGUGCAUAUUGGGCUCGACGAUGAUGGUUAUUCAUGCCCCGCAGGAAGAGGAAGUCACUUCUCUACAUGACAUGGAGAUGAAAUUACGAGAUCCAGGUUUCAUUACUUUUUCAACACUUGUAGUUGUAGCCUCUCUGGUACUUAUUUUUGUGGUAGCACCGAAGAAAGGCCAAAGCAAUAUUCUUGUGUACAUUGCCAUUUGUUCUGUCAUUGGAGCCUUCUCUGUAUCCUCAGUAAAAGGACUGGGCAUUGCCAUCCAUGAAUUUAUAGAGAGAAAACCUGUUUACAAGGACCCACUUUUCUACAUCUUAUUGGUCACUUUAGUAUUAUCUGUGAGUACACAAAUCAAUUACCUCAACAAAGCACUGGACACGUUCAAUACAUCAAUAGUGACUCCUAUUUACUAUGUGUUUUUUACCACUAUGGUGGUUACAUGUUCCGUUAUAUUGUUCAAAGAAUGGAACAGUAUGAGCGUCAGCGAUAUGAUUGGGACACUGAGCGGCUUUCUCACAAUAAUUAUUGGCAUUUUUCUACUUCAUGCUUUUAAGAACUCGAACAUAACCUGGAACCAGAUAACGUCCAGUAUGAAGAAAGAAAAGCCAAUUGACAGGCAGGAAGAUGAACAUUGCUUGCUUGGGAACCAGGAGAAUGCAUUACUGGCGUUUGAGGAUGACUCUGCUGUCCUCAGUCACACGGGAAAUCCUAUUCACUAAGUCCUCAGUAUCUUCCAUAUUGGAAAAUAUAUGGUUUCUUACUAAAAGUAUUCAUGCUCAUUUUUUUCUUUUUUUUACAUUGAUGCCAAGAAGUAAAAGGUUUUAGAUA